CAUUCAUAUGACACUACAGAAGAAACAUAGCAUGUAAGCCAUGGCUGACAAGCCUCAUGCAGUUUUUAUCCCCCUCCAACUUCAAAGCCACAUAAAAUCAAUGCUAAAAUUAGCCAAACUACUUCACCACAAAGGGUUUCACAUAACCUUUGUCAAUACUGAGUUCAAUCAUAGACUGCUGCUUAAUUCUAGAGGUCCUGAUUCCCUUAAUGGCUUUCAUGAUUUUCGAUUUGAAACCAUUCCGGACAGCGUCCCUCCUUCUGAUACUCUUGCAUCUGCUGAAGAUUUUAAGAAAAACCAACUGGCUUCAUUUAAUGACCUGCUUGCCAAGCUUCAUGACACAACAUAUUCUGGUGUGCCCCCGGUGACUUGUAUUGUCUCUGAUGGUAUGAUGCCAUUUGCUAUCAGUGCUGCUGAAAUGCUAGGAAUACCUAUUGCGUUGUUCUUUACUAUAUCUGCAUGUGUCUUCAUGUGCUCCAAGCAAUUUCGUGCAUUAAAAAAGAAAGGCCUAGCGCCAUUAGAUGACGAGAGCUUUCAAACAAAUGAUUUCGCGGACAGAAUCAUAGACGGGAUUCCAGGAAUGAAGGAUCUACGUUUAAGAGAUAUUCCAAGGUUCUCUCGAAGUACGGAUCCAAAUGGUUGGUUUUUUAACAACGCCAUGGAAGCAGUUGAGAGUGCUUCUAAAGCUUCUGCAAUUAUUUUGCAUACUUUUGAUGCUUUGGAGCAAGAAGUUUUGAAUGCUCUAUUCUCUAUGCAUUCACGUGUCUUUCCAAUCGGUCCACUUCAGUUGCUUCUCAAUCAAGUUUCUGGAGAUGAUCUGAAGUCCAUUGGAUGUAACCUGUGGAAAGAAGAGUCCGAGUGUCUGCAAUGGCUUGACUCCAAGGAACCAAACUCAGUAAUUUAUGUGAACUUUGGCAGUAUAGCAGUCAUCUCAAAGCAGCAGUUCAUUGAAUUUGGAAUGGGACUUGCUAAAAGUGGUCAUCUAUUUUUAUGGGCAAUAAGACCUGAUAUGGUCAUUGGGGACUCGCCUAUUUUUCCACCAGAGUUUAUGAAAGAGACUAAAGAGAGGGGCUUCAUUGCUAGUUGGUGUCCACAAGAAGAAGUCCUCAGCCACCCUUCAGUUGGAGGUUUUAUAACUCAUUGUGGAUGGGGUUCCACAAUUGAGAGCAUUUCUUCUGGGGUGCCUAUGCUUUGUUGGCCAUCCUUCGGUGAUCAACAAACAAAUUGUAGGUAUACAUGCACUGAGUGGGGGAUUGGAAUGGAGAUUGAUAGCAAUGUGAAAAGAGAUAAUGUGGAGAAGCUUGUGAGAGAGUUGAUGGAAGGAGAGAAAGGUAAGAAAAUGAAGAGCAGGUCCAUGGAGUGGAAAAAAUUAGCAGAAGAGGCAACAGCUCCAAAUGGUUCCUCAUCCAUGAAUUUGGACAAGCUGAUAAACGAGGUGCUCUGUCAUGAAAGGUCAAGAAGACUCACUCGAGAUUGACUCAUACUUUUCAAUGUACUUUUUGUGCUAUAUGUCAAUUGUUAAUUGAUCUGGUGUUGUUAAUAAGAGCCUCAAUAUUUUCUCAUUCUCUUUUGAGUCCUGGGAUUGUUCGAAUCCGCAUUAUUUUGUUGGAAAGAGUUUCUAAAUUCUUUUUCUUCUUGACUCUUGCAUCAUUUUAAUAUAAUCUAUGUGCUUUCCAUUA